AUGGCUAGACGCUACCUUCUCUCGAAACAAUGGAGGGCCUACCAGGCUACUAGCAGAGCCCAUACGCGGACCCGCUUCAUCGUCGUGGAACAACAAGGCCCGACUUCCGGAUCCUCUCACGACAAGCAACGGCAAGGAGAUGGUGACCCCGAAGACUCACCCCAUGGCUGGAAACCUACCUUCUGGAGGGUCGUUGAGGGCAGCGCGACAGCCUUUGGCUCCAUCGCUGUCCUCGGCCUGGCAGGCUACUCUUAUCACGCCUACUACAAAGACCUUGUCCUGCGAAAGAUGGACAAUGCUUUUGGCGUAGGAUUUUCAACGCCGGAGCUGACGGCUCUAGGGCGUCAUGUGGCGCCUCACAAGCUCCAUACCAUUGACGAUUUCACGGGUCUGGAGGGUGAGAAUGAAUGGAUCCCUCGCGCGGAGCAGGAACACAUCGACGGCAUCAUUGACGGGACUAUCCGAGGUCAAUAUCACUUGAUCACGGGAGAAAAGGGCACCGGAAAGAGCUCUAUGAUCCUUAAGGCGAUGCGAAGGGUCAAUGGCUCAGGGAUCGCCAUGCUCGAAGCCCAUAGCGAUCUCGAGGUCUUUCGUCUUCGCCUGGGAAAGGCCCUCGACUUUGAGUUCCACGAGGACUACAUCGGAAGUUUGUUCAGCUUCAAGGGACCUCGCGAUUCAACCGCCAUCCUUGACAUCGAAAGAGCCUUCAACAAGAUGGAGAAGGUAGCCCUGAUGCGACAGAGACACAUCCGGAAGCCGCUGGUCCUGAUUAUCAAUCGAGUUCACGUCCUCCGAGAUGACGAUGAUGGACGUGAACUGCUUGAGCUGAUUCAACAGCGGGCAGAGAUGUGGGCGGCAAGUCGACUCGUCACGGUAGUGUUCACCAGCGACGACCAUAGCACCACCGAGCACCUCAAGUGGCAAGCCACGCGGAUCUCCGUGACCGACGUCCGCGAUGUGCCCCGCGAUCCUGCCGUCGAAGCUCUACACGAGUUCCGGCAAAAGGUCUUCAAAGAGGACGUAUCCAGCGACACCUUGAACCAAGUCUACAAGCUGGUCGGCGGACGCGUCAGGUUCCUCGACCAUGUCGCCAGAUCGAAAGACAUGCUCGCAGCCUGCAAGUUCAUCUGCGACAGGGAGAAGCGCUGGCUCCUGGGCCAGUGCUGGAUGUUGGGCGCCGACAUGGAUCCAGAUGCCGAGGCUCAGCAAGACCACGCCACGACGGCAUUUUUGCUGGCCAAGGCAUUGAUUGAGAAGGAGAAGAAAAUGAAGCCAGAGGAGCUUCUGGCCGGAAAGCUGCCGGAGAUGCCUCUCCAUGAGGCGAGAUUCCUCAUGACGAGGUUCGAUUUCAUUCAGAAGCACGACCACUUCAACAUCUUCUCGAUCGAUUCUAACUCCAUGGUCCGGGCGGACUCGGUCCCGAUGCACCAUGCUUUCCGGGAGAUCUGCGCGCAGGAGGGCUUUGACGAGCUUCUCGAGGCCAGCUUGGAGAGACUCGAUGAGCUGGAAGGUCUCCAGAGGACGAGGGAAAUUGUGAUGAAGGAUUUGAUGAACGAGGGCCAGUUCCAGGCCAUGGUUCGCCAGGCCAAGGCGGGGGGAGACCCCUUGACAGUCACCGUCAAGGCUGUAUCACCUAAGGAGUAG